AUGGAAACAUCGGUGGCUAUCAAGGAAUCCUGCCAGUCCGUCGGUUAUCAAGGAAAUCCUGCCGACUCCGGCGGAAUUGGUAAUGUAAACUCCGGUGGUUAUCAAGUGAAUCAAAACAGUUAUAAAAACUCCGGUGGUUACUAUCAAGGAAAUCAAGCGACUAAUGGGAAUUCUGGUGGUUACAGUCCUUAUCAAGGAACUCAAGGACUAGGUGUUGGUGGCGGUGGACAGCGGUACUCGGAGAUCCUCUCUAAUAAUGGUUUUGUGUUGUAA